CAGAGCCUCAGAGGAAACUGUCUGUAGCUCAGUCUGGUACCCAACUCUAUCUUUUUCUCUGAGAUGUCAGGUGCUGACAGUCCAAAUGGCACCGGUGCGUCUCCAGUCCCGGACUAUGAAUGGAGAUAUGAAUAUUAUGAUGACGAGGAGCCAGUAUCUUUUGAAGGACUCAAGGCACACCGCUACUCUAUAGUGAUUGGCUUCUGGGUCGGCCUGGCUGUCUUUGUCAUCUUUAUGUUUUUCCUCCUCACGCUUCUGACCAAGACUGGAGCUCCACAUCCUGACAGCAGUGGACAGCCAUGUGAGAAGCGGCCCCGUAUGAUUGGCUACAUGGACACCAACCUCAACAACAGAGCCUCUUCUCCCCACCCUAUUGGUCUGGACUCAUCCUGCUCUCUCUUUCAGUGCUAUGUAUCCAAGGAGGGUCAGAUGAGCUCCAGAGCCCUGUGGAGCUCUGCUGCUGGUGUGGGUGUGGGUGCAUCAGGAGGCAGCCACAGGAGGCCCAGCAGCAGUGCGGAGGAGGGGGACGGUACACUCCUGCAGGAGUUAACAGUGACAGAUAAUAGGACUGAGAGAGAAGCCAUCUUGCAGGCCCACUUCAGUAUUCCUAACUGUGUGAACUCUGAGCAGAGCUCAACUGUAGGGGAGGACCACCUGCUGCUGGGGGCAGGAUCAGAGCAGCAGGAACGAUAAUGACCACAGUUAUUUGCCGUAGGCCUGGAGAGCUGAGAGCAGCUACUCAUCAAAUGUGAUAACUCAGGUGGCUUAAUUGACUGCAUGUCUUCAAGGAUGCAGCCUUUUAUGUCUCUACACUGCCGACAGUUUUCGGGUUGUCCAUACAUACGUACCUCCGUCCCACUGUUGUGAACACGAUAUCUCAAGAAUGCCCUAAGGGAAUUUUUUCAA